AUGUCUUCAACUCAAGUAGAGCCACCUCAAGCCGAUAAUUGUCCGUUAUGUGAUAAUAAACCCCGGUUCAUGCCUCUUUGGCUUCAAGAAAAUACGGAAACAUGGAUAAAAUGUGAUAUUUGUCUUGUUUGGUGUCAUGCCGCUUGUCUUAAACUUCCAGCUGAAGAAUGUGAACGAAUUGAUGAAUAUCAUUGUCCAAAAUGUGCAAUAUCUCAUGGUCCAAGUACUUACAAAGUACGAAAAUCCCUACGUGAACAUUCUAGGAUUAAUUAUGCUGACUUGGAAAAUGGCUUAACCGGGAAUCCAUAUAAAUGGAAACGAGUUCUUGAUUCAAAAUCUUUUAUUAAUCAUAAAUUUCCAAAAGUACGAGGUGAUCAAUUAACAUUAGAUUGGAUUCGAACUUUUGGAUUUGAUGAACCAAUUCUUAUAGAUAAUCCAGAAGGACUUGAUAUAAAAAUGCCUUCAAAAGAUAUAACUGUUAGUUAUAUCGCAGCAACUGUUGAACAACCUAGUUGGAAUAUGUAUCAAUGGGCUAAUUAUUUCGAUGGACCAAAGCGGGAUCAAGUUUUGAAUGUUAUAAGCUUAGAGAUUAGUGGAACUCCUUUAGGUGAUUCUAUAGUUCGACCACGAAUCGUAAGAGAGCUCGAUUGGUGCGAACACGUAUGGCCUAAAGAAUUAAAAGCUUUUGAAUAUCCCAAGGUUCAACUUUAUUGUCUUAUGAGUAUCAAAGAUAGCUUUACAGAUUUUCACAUCGAUUUCGGUGGAACGUCCGUCUUUUACCAUGUUAUCAAAGGAUCCAAAAUAUUUUAUUUCAUUAGACCUACUCCACCAAAUUUGAAAAAAUAUUCAAGAUGGAUAUCUUCACCAGAACAAUCCAUGACUUUUUUUGCAGAUUUGGUUAAAGAUUGUUACGAAGUGCAUAUUCGUGCUGGUGGGAAUUUCUUACAUGGAUAUAAUAUCGGAGGACAAUUAGCAAUUUAUGAGAUAGAAAAACGUGUAGAUGUUCCAAUAAAAUAUCGUUUCCCUUAUUUUGAAAAAAUUUGUUGGUUUGCUGGAAAAAAAUAUUAUAAGAUUCUUAAAGAAAAUCCUGAUUCUUUAUCACAAAGAGAGGAAAAAGGAUUGGUUGAAUUAGCAUUGUUUUUGUCAAAAUUAUCUAGUAAACUUGAACGUAAUAGUAAGAUUUCUUCUGAGGAAAGGCAAUCAAUCAAAGAAAAUAUUCCAAGUGAAGUUCAUGAUCCUGCAAAAUUAUCACGAAGAUUGAGUAGAAGAAUUAAUAAGUAUAUUAGUAGAUAUAAUGAAGAAACAGAUUCACAAUUGGAUUCAACUUCAAAAAAUCAUUAUGAACUUCACGAAAUUUGUACUGAUGAACGAUCAUGUUCAUCACCUGAACCAAAGUUGAACGCUCCAACAAAGAUUAGAUUGAAAAUAGUUAGUAGAAAACGGAAUAUUGAUGAUGUAAAUAUAAAAGAUUCAGAAGAUAUUAAGGGUGUUAAUGAAAUGGCUGAUAAUAUGAUUGAAUCUGUUAAUGAACAUCAAUCAAAACGUAUAUUUUUAAGUUCCUCUCAAGUUAAUGAUAUUGAUGGUUUGCGUGGUGAUAAACAGGAUGAUUCACCUUUAACUCCACAAAGUGGAAGUACUAUAUCGUGGCAUGAAGAAGAAAAAUAUUUUGAGGAAUUGUAA